GCCCCGAGCGAGCAGCACACAGCUGUACAUCGAGAGAGGGGCUGGCACGCAGCAGCAGGCAAUUUACCACGCGUACGCCGUCUCUACCUCGACAGCCAUGAGACUUCCCCAUCAUGCCAUUCGUGAGGUGGUGCGUUUCGGGACGGUGGACGUUCAGCAGGUUGGUGGGCGACGGUGUAUGGGAGGCCUCUCGCUCGCAUCGACCGUAGACAGGAGGAAGAGGGACGGCGUUGAUGCCAGGCGGCCGACAGCGGCGAUGGAGCUAAGGCGGGCCGCGGAGGUGCAGAAGUGCGCCGACAAGGGAUGGAAGAGCGCGCUCAUCUGUCUCGGAAAUAUGCGGAAGGGAGGCGUUGCUCCCGGGUCGGCGGCGUACAACGUCGCCCUGAAGGCGUGCGCGGGGGCGGGGGAGUGGGGCCGCGCGGCCGCGCUCGUGGAGGACAUGCAGGGCUCCGGCGCAAUCCCUGACGAGGGCAUAGUAGCGGAGAUCAGGGCGGCUGGCGACAAGACUGGUGUGAUAGCGGUCGAGGACGACGGCAACUUGUCGUGCGAUUCUGGUGGUGACGUGUCGUCUGUUAUUUCCGGUGUCGCGAGAAACAAGGGGGGGGGCAGCGGUGGAGGCAUCCAAGGCUCCGUUGCGAGCAUGCACACCGCGGCGUUUGGGGCGGAUGUCGCGUGGCCCAGCCGGCGACCCACACAGACACAGGAUGAUCAGGCUCAAAGAGGCAGCAGCAGUGGCGGCAGCGGGAGCGAUGACUUGCACGACAUGGCACUCGGGGCAGAUGCCGCGUGGCCCUCCCUGCACCCGACGAACAGCAACGGCGGUCGCACCGCCACCAGCCACAGCAGCCACAGCAGCAACAACAGCACGGGCAACAGCGGCGGCGAUGAAUAUGGCAACGCUGCCACGAGGGGCUCGUCAGAGGGAUCUUUGGGCAGCAUCGCGUGGGGCGGGCGUCGAUGGCGCAGCCAUCACCAGGAAACCGAAGAUAAAAAUGCCUCGUCGGCGUCUCCUGCGACAAGGGGGGCCCGUGGUGUCAAUGAGGAGGCGCUACCGGCGUGGCCAUCCGUGGCGUCGGCCACCUUCGCGGGGUCUUGGGGGGACGAUUGAGAGCAAGCUCCAGGACCCCUCUGUCCCUCCUGUGAUGAAUGAGAUGUUCUUUUGGUACGAUAGUGGAGCUUCUUAGGUGGCAUUGUUUUUUUUGUUUUUAUUCAGCUGCACGAGCAAGUAAGGCGGGGUAACAGUUGAACCAGAAGGGGUCCCGUUUCGCGUAACUGUCCCCUCUCGCCGGAUGUGGAUGUGGUUUGUCCGGAAGAGUUGGAGUUGUGUAUGUGUUGCUUUUGUGAAGCUCGCGUGGUGAUCGUUCGCACUGUGGUGUGGGGUGUACCUGUACACCUUUGCGCUAGCAUGGGUGAGGUGGAUGAGUCGAACCUCACCCGGGGAGUACAUCGUAUCGAGUUUUGCCACGCCUGGGCCUCCCUACCUGACCGAAAGGCCGAGACGCGGCGCUUUCGUCGACUAGCAUGAACUGUUGCUUUCCUCCUCCAUAGCCUGGAUCUCUGUGAGGGGUGUCCAGCGAGCUGCAGCAAUGGUGAUCUUUCUCCGCCAGGAGGGCGAGGAGUGUGUGGGGAUUCUGGGUGCGACCUUAAGUAAAAACAUAGGAACUCAAGUCUUACCAUCGGACGUUGUUUUGCGAGCCAGGGCGGUUAAGUCCCCACCGUCGCCGGGAUCGGCGAGGGUUGGUGGCACUGUUUUGGUUGCCGAGAUCCUAUCUUUGUCUGUGGCAUUGCCGUAAUUGUCGGGCUGCCGUCCUUGAAUGAUUGUGUUAGGGGCGGGAUGGAAUUUGGCCCACCCUCACAUGGGGCGCAACACCCAUACCAUACCAUACCAUACCACACCACAGCAUACCGUGCCAUCAGACGAUCGGUCUGAUGGCUUGAAUUAUGGUGUGGUUUUGAGUCUCGCCCAAGGGCAGGCCGAGUGGAAAUCACCGGGGUGGGGUGUUGUCUUGCAUGCCUUGAGGGCGAUCCAAAGGUGUCGUGGACAGCGGGCGUCACCAUCAAAGCGUAAGUCGUAAAAGGCGUUCGCUAUCGGCAGGAGGGUGCCGUCCAGUAGCCUUCGCAAAGAUGUUAGUAGGAGAUAUAUAGCUUGGUCUUAGUAGUAAUGGGGUUAGGGUUAGCGUACUGGAUAGGGAUCCAAAACUCCCUCUACUUUCAUAAAUCAAUUUUGAAUCGUGCUGUCCGGCUUGUGUGAUGAGGCCAAAGCAAAAAUUUCCCACCUUUUUCGUAAAACAUGCUCAUAAGUCUGGUUUGACCCCAGGAGCUUACAGUAGGUUUGAUUGACGCCCAUGUUUGCAGACGGCACCUGUACAUUUCAUUUUGAACCUCGAUAUGUAUCGCGACUCGUACGACGCGAUGACGCACCCUGAG